CGGAGGAGAAGCUUCAACGCUUCAAGUUUUUGAGUUGCAGGCAGCGAACUGUCUCUACAGAGAAAUAAGUAUCGUAUUAUGUCUGGGAGGUCAGGGCGCGCAGAAACUCGUAGUCGCGCUAAAGAUGACAUUAAAAAGGUUCUGGCAGCAAUUGAAAAAGUGCGUAAAUGGGAGAAGAAGUGGGUCACAGUGGGAGACACCUCCCUGCGUAUUUUCAAGUGGGUACCUGUAACAGAUACCAAACAGAUUUACCGCAGCAAAUCAACAGGUGGAGAGGUUCAAGGCCUGAAAGAUGUUGUCUUAGAGAACACCAGCUCUGCCUUACUAGAUUUUCAAGAUGAGAACAGCAACCAGAGCUUCAUGUCUGAUAUGUACCAGCCUAAAGUGGACGGCAGCAGCUCCUCUAGUUCACAGCAUGCCAGCGAUGCAGUCAGUCCUGUUUCCCACACUUUCACCAUCCGUUCAGAGGACCCUCAGCCUCCAAUGCUGGGUCAGGAGAGAGUGGAUGAGCCACUGCAGCCCCAACAGGAAGGUGCAGAUGAGCCUCCCACGUUGAUCAAGGAGGACCUGCUCUUGCCGUGCAGUGUUCGAGUGAGGGCUCCAAGCACAGAGGAAGAAGUGGAAGGAUCAGGAGCCCCCCCGUUGAAAAAGAUUUGCAGAGAGCAAAAUGCCAUUCUCAGAUAGCUUUUCUUUGAUUCACUAAGCAACUAGGUGAACAUGCAUGACACCUCUGCUCAACUCUUUUUUUAUUGCUGCUUUGAAAAGCACAUAGAGGAUUCUUAGGAAAAAUAUUAUGCAUCUAUAAACCAUAUAAACAGUUUAAGAGAAAAUAAUCACACCCAUAAAGUGUUCUAUUUACCUUAUUUAUUUUUUAAUUGAUAUCCAUUCCUUAAAUUCCAUAAUACAUUAUGCUUACAUUGGCCAUUGGUCACUUUUUAGUUCCCUGAUGUUCACUGUUUUGAAUACUCCCUUGUUCAUUGGCUUUGUACAUACAUUUUCGUUGUUGGAGUCAGGCCAUGAAAAAUACAAAGAAGGUUCAAAACGUAUAUUGUCUCUACUUCCUUUGUGUGAUGUUUAUUUUUGCCCCACUCAGUAUUUAUCACAAUAAAGCUUAUUUUUUAUAUUGAU